AUGUUCAAAGCCCUUAUCGGCGGGAACCGAUCGUCCUCUGAUAUCCGGAGCACGACUAGCAGUAGUUCUAAGGGCCUUGUCCGUCGCAAAUCAGAUUUAAAGUCAUCGCAUAGUCGCAAAUCUUCACGGGGUGAUGACCGUGACCGCGCCUUGGAUGACUCGUCGCCCUACCCCCCUCCGCCUCCGGUAGCAGGCGCAGCCCGCCUAGCAUCGCCGGCGAUUCAGUCGCAUCGACCUACCGACCGCGAAAGCAAGAGUUCUCAUCGGCGCGACCGUGACCGAUCGGAGAGUCGAGAUCGCGAGAAGAGGAGCCGUCGAAAUACUAUGGAUGGAUUGAAUGAAGGGGAACAAGAUCGCGACCGUGACCGUGACCCUGAUCGUGACCCUGAUCGUGACCCUGAUCGUCGCGAGCGCCGGCGCACGCAGUCUGGGGAUUACCAAGUGCGACCCUCUUCAACUUCCAGGCCUCCAGGCGUUUCUUUUGCCGCCGAUGUUCCCUCCCAUGCCGCUGGGGACUCGAGUAUCCCUGGCUCUUCGUCACAAUACGACCCUCACAUACAACAACAAUUCCCUGGCCAAUUCCCAGCCAUGAGCGCAGAGCCUUACUACCCUCCUAAUCCCUCUGGGGCUGCUGCAGACUACUAUGGCGAUCAAGGGCAAUCAGUCGCGGACCAGCCAGGCGUGCGUCCACAUAAGCCAGCCGUGAUUCCCAGCAGUCAGGCCCAUUUAAUGGCUGCUUCUCCAUCGGCCAAUCCCCCGCCUGAACCGAGUAGCAUGGGCCAAGUUGGCGCGGCAGCUUCCUACUUCGACGAAAACUUCCAAGUUCCCCCACCCGAGGCCAGACCUCCGACGGGGUCAGUCUCCAAACCCCCAAAGCCUCUCAAGCCAAUAAAGCCGACCAAGCCCGGCAAAACUUCGUCCUCGAAUAUUCUCCCCGCAGCGGCAGCUGGUGCAUCUGCGUAUGGAAUUAGCAGUGGCAUGUCGUCUUUCGAAGAGUCGCACUAUUCCCAUACAGCUGCCCAGCAUUCCCACUCAUACUCCACACCGGGUGCUGCAAGUGCUAAUAAACCUUCCCAAUCGCAUGGAGUCGGGGCUGGUAUUGGUAUGACUGCUGCAGGUGCAGCAGCAGGGUAUAUGCUCGGUCAUCAGCAUCAUUCUUCCAAUCCUGAGGAUUCGUCACAUUAUGCUUAUCAAAAUUACGAGGGAUCAUCCCAAGCCAGCUUACCUCCAUAUGAUCCUCGUAUCAGCAAUGCCACAAUGGCGGCAGGUGCAGCAGGUACUGCGGCUUACGCUGCCCACAGCCCUGGUUAUUACCCUCGACCACCUGGUGGAGCCCUUGCCAUGGGACAUCGACAUAAAGGUCCACUUUCAAGAUUUGUCGACUUUUGGCGCGACCCAGAAGGCGUCGGUCGAUUUGAGGACUAUACGGAAACAAUCGGUGUUUGUAAGGAGUGUUUUGAACCCGGUACAAGUUCAAUUAACGCACCCCGUAAACACCAUUAUCAUAGACGCCGUCGCUCAUCCGAUCGCAUUAGCAACCACAGUACCUCCAGAGUGAACAAGCUUAAUCGAUACCAUUCCUCUGAAGAUGAAAGCCGCCGACGAAAGAGUUCAUCCAAGCGGUCUUCUUCUUGGCUUCCGGGUAUGCUGGGCGGAACUCUAUUUGCGGGCAAGGAAUUCCAUGACUCAUAUAGUGUUCGAUCUGGUCGAGUUGCCAAUGACCGAAUGUCUACUCACGAUGUUGAACAUCUUUCCGACUCGGAUCAUAAAAGCUACACGUCUCGUGGUGUCAUCCGCCGGUCUGAGCGCAGCUCUCGAAGAGACUCGGACUCGAAGUAUUCUCGACGGACACGCUCGCGUUCACGAUCUACAUCUCGACCAGGUGGUCGUUCCUUUGUGAAAGAGGCAGCCUUGGGGGCGGCAGCAGCUGGCGCCGGCGCUCUUAUAGUUCCAAAGCUAAGAGAACGAUCACGCAGCCGUUCCAGUUCUCGAAAAGAGCAUAGAAAAGGUUCUUCAUCUAGUUCUUCCUUCGUCGAUACCUCUCGAUCCGCUACCAAGUCUAGCGGUGGCUUUACCUCGUUUUUCACCUCGUCGUCGGCGAAUCGCAAGAAGCAGAAAACCAAGAAGCGUAGAGGGUUUUUCUCCUUUAGCUCGUCAUCAUCUUCAUCUCUUGAUGCAGAUCUUGCUUUUGGAAGCACAAUCUCGAAGGCUUCCUCCAAAUCUAAAAAGAAGAAGGGUAAGAAGGGAGAGGAUAUUGAUGCAGCGCUUUUGGGCCUCGGUGCAACUGCCACUGCACUUGCAGCAUCGUCACAUGGUCGCAGCCGUCGCGCUGGUGAGCUCAUGACGGCCAGAGACUCUAGAUCUCAUCGUACCACUCAAGAUUCUCCAUGGACCAAGGAGGACGAGGAGUGGGUGGAUGCCGAUUCCGAAGACCAAUUAUCCUCUAGUGCUAGUUCGGCCCUAGCAUUUGGUGGAGGAAGUAGCGGAGACUCUACGUCUGACUCUGAUCAUGGUGGCUGGAGCUGGGGAUGGGGAGGCGUAAAGCAAAAGGAGAAGAAAAGGAAGUCUUCUGCCACAGACAAUGCUCUGGCUGUUGGUGCUGGCGCUCUUGGGGCUGCUGCGCUUGCAUCUGUUGCUCGUCAUCGGGACACUCGACGGGACAGCCGGGUUUCCAGCAGCUCUGGAAGCCUUCAGCAAGUUUAUCCUGCUCCCACAUCUGAUCCUUCUCGCUUUGACGCUAUCAAGAUGUCUCCGUCUGUCAUGUCUGGAGACCAACCACCUCUUGUUCGCCCUGGACCUAUUCCCCUGCAGCAGCCUCAGCCAUUCACUCCUGUCUCCCAGGCAGUCUACAGCACACAAGGAACCAUGCCGGGGUCAAUCCCUGCAUACAGCACCCCUGUUGUUCCACCAAUGUUCGUCAAUGAAUUCAACCAAUACAAUGUUUCCUCAUCACAUGCCAGAGAUGAAACGUGGGUUCACGAUGGCACAACGUAUGUUGAUCGUCCAAAACCCAAUCGACGAAGCAACUCAUCUCCUAUUCUGCCAACUCGGGAUAGCUAUGUAUCGAGUCUGAAGCAGCGCAACGUGUCGCAAGCGUCCGUAUCGUUUGACCUGACCGAGGAACAAGCCCGACGAGAGCGCAUUAAUAGACAACGCGAUAGCAUUGAUGCCAAGGAAGAAGCUAUUCAGUUGGUUCUGCAAACGGAAGAUGACCAGGCUCGACGAGAUUCCAAGCAUCGAGAUCUUUGCCACGAAGACCACGUGCAAUUAAUUGAUCGAGAAGAAGAAGAGCGGGCUCGACGCGAAUCCGAUCGUCGUGAACUCCGUCGUCACGAGGAGGAAGACAACGAAAAGCGCAUCCGCGAGGAGAAGAGAGAUAAAGAUUCGUCACCUCCGUGGAUCGAGGCUGCUACUAUUGGUGCCAUAGGGGCUGCUGCUACCAGCACUCUUAUGUCCUCUCACAAAGCCGAUGAUGACGCUGCGGAAGCUAAUUUACGACGUAAUGAACGCCGCGAAAAGCGUCGCGCUGAACGACGCCGCCAAGGUGAACAAGGGUUCGAAUCUUCUAUUAUCUCUGAGUCCGAUGUUCUCAAACGUCGCGAUGAUGUAUAUAUGGUAGAGAUUGAACCCAGGGCCAAUAAAGACAAGCGUUCGUCUCGUCGAACUCCCCUCCCAGCGCCUGUUCAUGAUGAUUACGCCGAAUUCUAUGCCCCAGCGGAGUUGCGGCAUAGUGUGGACGAGCACAAACAUGAUCACAAUUCCAAUGAUAAGCCCACGAUCAUUGAGGUGGUACCUGCUAGCGAACGCCUGGAGCGUGACCUAUCUAAAGAACUGCCUGAGGACCUUUCCCAAUUUGGUCCAGAGCCUUAUGAAAACUAUGAUCACCUCCCGUGGCCGGUUCCACAACUUAAUUUAAUUGAGCCUACUCCUCCUCACAGCGUGAAUGGAUCAGCCCUCGGCUAUUCUCCCUCCAUUCCGCCUACCAUACUUGCGGGCACACCCGAGAAGAAGCGGAAAGAGAAGCCUCAAGCUGGAAAUGAGUCUAAGCAGUCCGUACGAUCCACGACUGGCUCCCGGGUAUCCUGGGGCGGGAACAAAACCCAUGAAUAUGACGUUCCCUCUUCUUCCGAGCAAGAAGACAACAUGUCUCCACUCGAAGACCAGAGGGAAUUUUCCGUAUCUCCUUUCGAAGGUGACAGGCCCAAAGAUGUCAACAGAAAGCCUGAUUUCGGAUCCGAUAUCGAAUUCGCUGCCACUAUUGCCGCAGGAACUGCAGCGGCUGGGUUUGAUCCUUCUGUUGUAAUCAAUAAUCCCACUUACCACACAAGGGCUUCUCCACCUGGGUCAGGAGAUGAAGAAUCUUUUUCUCCUCAUUCGGGGUGGGCCCCAAAAAUUGCCCAUGACAUACCAAGGGGAUUCGUCGAGGGUGAGAUUGGAAGCUAUGUUCCGAGCGAAGUUGAACCAACUCCUGAACAUGUUAUUCAAGAUAAGCCUUUCUUCACCGAACCAGAACCUAUCGUUACCAUAGAAAGAGAAUAUUCGUCUCAACGCCAACCUCGUGGUUCAAUUGCUCAGGAGGUCAUUGAGCAACUGAACGCUAAGCAAUCGCGAGUUGACUCUCCCGAGCACGAUGCUUACUCUAUGCCCGGUGGUUUCGAUACCGGUGUCAACUCCCGUGAGCUCUCGCAGUCCCGUGAUGACUCUCGGUCUGCAGUCUCCGCCCCCCUCAUGAAGGAAUAUGAAUCUUUCAAGCCAGACGAGGCCAAGCAUAAGGAAUCUCGCAAUAAUGAUGACUUUGAAAUUAUUCGUGAUUCUGAAUUCCCCCUUGACAUUUCUCCAAUUCACGAUGAAGCUAAAUCGUUUGUUACCGAUUACUCCGAUGAGGAGAAGUCCGAGCGCCGCAAAGAUCGUCAUCAUUCCAAGAUUGAUAGCGAGAUCUCCUUACAUGAAGAUACCAAGUCGACCGCUACUGACUUUGCCGAUGAAGAUAAAUCAGGGCGUCGUAAGCACCAUCGUCACCACUCUAAGCGUGAUAGCGAUACCUUCUCUUUGAACGACGAUUCUAAGUCCGCUGUCACUGAUUAUGCGGACGAGAAGUCAGAGCGCCGCAAACAUCAUCGCCGUCACCGUUCUAGGGAUAGUGACUCGAAUUCAUUGUAUGACGAUGCUAAGUCGACUGCUACUGACUUUGCCGACGAAGAUAGGUCAGGGCGUCGCAAGCACCACCGUCAUCACUCUAAGCGUGAUAGCGUCUCUGUGGAUGAUGAUGCCAGGUCCAUUGCCACUGAUUGCGUGGACCAGGAGAAAUCUAAACACCGUAAGCAUCGUCACCGCUCACGCGAUAGUGAUACCGCUUCUAUCAAUUCCUCUCCAGCUCGGAUUGAUGAGUCGCGGGAGAAGCGUCACAGCAAGGACAAGGGCUCUGGUGGCUUACUGCGUAACAUCUUUGGCUCAAAGGUCUCGCUACCUGAUGAACAUAGCCGGUCUUCUUCAUUAGACAAGCGCUCGUCCCGGGAGGCGAUCUCUGAAGCUGGCAUUGACGAGGAAAGACGUCGACGCAAGAAACAUUCUUCCAGUCGCAGCUCCAGUCGAGGCGAAAAGCUGGACAAAUACGAGUUGGGCGUCGAUUUGGACAUUCAGGACGCAAACUUGGAGGAUUACAGAUCCCAUAGGUUGGAGAAGGAAGAACGACGCCGACACAAGUAUGAAGAGAUUGUCGAGUCAGGGAAACACCGGGACUCCGAAAAGGUAUAG